AUGUCUUCGCAAGCAGACGGGACCGCGGAAUAUGGGUUGCGAGCUGCAGUCACCCAUGAGGCGCGGCUUGCUUCUGCGGACUGCGCGAUUCCGAAUUGUUAUGUCAGUCUGCUGAAACUCAGUCACAAUAUCAACAAAGCCCGUGAUCAUGAGUACCCUUUUGUGCGCACAAGUGGAAAGGGCGACCGGCGACGUUGGAACAGCGACCCCAUACUCACGAUUCUUACUCACGACCCCGGAAGCUCGUUGCUUCGCACGCGUUGCUCACCGGCGACGUCCAUGUGA